AGCAAAGCAAAAGGCAUGGAAGGCAAACUUCGUUGCUCCGCAAACUAUGUCCCUCUCUCUCCACUGAGCUUCAUCGUGCGGUCUGCGGAGGUUUACUCUGAUCGGACCUCAGUUGUUUAUGAAUCCAUCAAGUUUACUUGGAGACAGACCCGAGACCGCUGCCUCAGGCUCGCUUCCGCUCUCUCACACCUUGGCGUUUCCCGCGGCGACGUGGUUGCCGUCCUCGCUCCAAACGUCCCAGCCAUGUACGAGCUCAACUUCGGCGUCCCAAUGGCCGGGGCAGUCAUCUGCACCCUCAACGCUCACCACGACGCAGCCAUGGUCUCCGUCCUCCUCAAACAUUCUGAAGCCAAGCUCAUUUUCGUCGACCACCAGUUCCUCACAAUCGCUGAAGACGCCAUCAACCUCCUUUCACAAUCCAACUCCAAAUCCCCUCUCCUCAUCCCAAUCCCGGAACCCUCUGAAGACUCCUCUCAUUCACCUGGUUUAAACUACGAAAGCCUCAUCAAAACCGGAGACCCCUGCUUCGACAUCAAGUGGCCGAUCGACGAGUGCGAUCCUAUCGCCCUAAACUACACAUCCGGCACCACAUCCAGGCCGAAAGGCGUGGUCUACACACACCGCGGCGCCUACCUCAACUGCAUCAGUUCCAUUCUCUUUAGUGAAAUAAGGACUUUGCCGGUCUACUUAUGGACGGUGCCCAUUUUCCAUAGCAAUGGUUGGUGCCUGACCUGGGGCAUAGCGGCACAGGGCGGGCUCAACGUCUGCCUCCGCGAUUUCACCGCAAAGACCAUCUUCGAGAAAAUCACCAGGUACGGAGUUACGCACAUGACCGGUGCCCCUACCGUCCUCAACAUGAUGGCAAACUGUCCGCUUGCUGACCGACAGCCGCUCGCAGCUGGCCAGAUGGUCUGCGUCAUGACGGGCGGGGCUACUCCGCAACCACCAGUCUUGGAGAAGAUGGAGGAGAUGGGAUUUAAAGUCGUCCAUGUGUACGGACUCACGGAGACCUACGGGCCCGCGACAGUGUGCGAGUGGAAGCCCGAGUGGGACGAGCUGUCGGUGGAUCAGCAGGCAAAGAUGAUGGGGAGGCAGGGAAUUCGACAUAUCGGAACGGAGGCGGUCGACGUCAAAGAUCCGGAGACAAUGAAAAGCGUCCCGGCCGAUGGGAAAACAAUGGGGGAGGUUAUGUUUCGAGGCAACACGGUGAUGAACGGAUACUUCAAGGACUUAAAGGCCACGGAGGAGGUUUUUGCAGGGGGAUGGAUGAGGACAGGGGAUCUCGGGGUGAGGCAUGCUGAUGGGUAUAUUCAGGUGAAGGAUAGGCUGAAGGACAUCAUAAUCUCCGGCCUGGAGAAUAUAAGCACGAUCGAGGUCGAGUCGGUAGUUUAUCGUCACCCGGCGGUGCUUGAAGCUGCGGUGGUUGGACGACCGGAUGAGUACUGGGGGGAGACGCCGUGUGCGUUUGUGCAGCUCAAGGAUGGAGCUUCUGCUGAUGCUGAGGAGAUUAUAGGGUUCUGUCGGGCUCGGCUGCCGGAUUUUAUGGUGCCCAAGAGCGUGGUUUUCGGGGAGCUGCCGAAGACUUCGACGGGGAAGAUGCAGAAGUUUGUUCUCAGGGAGAGGGCCAAGGCUAUGGGAAGCCUAUUCAUGAAUGGCGGCGGGAAAAUGCUUGAAAUAUAGUAUUCUAAAAGUAAUUGUGGAUACUGUACAAAUGAAGAAUUUCAUUUGUAAUUUGAUUUGUUGAACCAAAAAAUAAAUGGAAGUCUCAGCAAUGAUAUGGGGUUGAGAUCUGAUCAAUGUAUUAUGUUUGUUACAUAUGAACUUAU